AAUAAUAAUAAUAAUAAUAAUAAUAAUAAUAAUAAUAAUAAUAAUAAUAAUAAUAAUAAUAAUAAUAAUAAUAAUAAUAAUAAUAAUAAUAAUAAUAAUAAUAAUAAUAAUAAUAAUAAUAAUAAUAAUAAUAAUAAUAAUAAUAAUAAUAAUAAUAAUAAUAAUAAUAAUCAUAAUAAUAAUAAUAAUAAUAAUAAUAAUAAUAAUAAUAAUAAUAAUAAUAAUAAUAAUAAUAAUAAUAAUAAUAAUAAUAAUAAUAAUAAUAAUAAUAAUAAUAAUAAUAAUAAUAAUAAUAAUAAUAAUAAUAAUAAUAAUAAUAAUAAUAAUAAUAAUAAUAAUAAUAAUAAUAAUAAUAAUAAUAAUAAUAAUAAUAAUAAUAAUAAUAAUAAUAAUAAUAAUAAUAAUAAUAAUAAUAAUAAUAAUAAUAAUAAUAAUAAUAAUAAUAAUAAUAAUAAUAAUAAUAAUAAUAAUAAUAAUAAUAAUAAUAAUAAUAAUAAUAAUAAUAAUAAUAAUAAUAAUAAUAAUAAUAAUAAUAAUAAUAAUAAUAAUAAUAAUAAUAAUAAUAAUAAUAAUAAUAAUAAUAAUAAUAAUAAUAAUAAUAAUAAUAAUAAUAAUAAUAAUAAUAAUAAUAAUAAUAAUAAUAAUAAUAAUAAUAAUAAUAAU